GGUGACGUUCCUGAUAAUGUAACCUCUUUAAAUAGUCAGGUUCUAUCUGGUCUACCUGUAGCCCUACAUAUCACUGAAUAAAAGCAGACUCUUUGAGUUGGAAGGAACUUCAGAGGUUGCCUAGUCCAGCUCAUGAAACAAUGAGGUGGUACUAUGGAUAGAACGCUGGACUGGGAGUCAGGAAGAUCUGCCUUUGUAACUGCAGAUCUGACAUUACUAAAUAUGGCCUGGAAGAAGAACAGAUUAAUGCAGAACUGUAUGUUACUCCUCUCAGUGAUUUUACUUCUGCCAUGUGGAUUAAUGAGUGUCAUCCUAACUGUGAAUAGCAACACCAAAAGCUACAUUCUGCAAACCAAACCCGGCACCUCAGAGUCUCUGAAAUGUGCAGUCCAGAAUCACAGCCAAGAGGAACCGUUACUCUGGUACCGGGAAUCUGGGACGGUGGACCUGAAAGCUGAGAACAAAAUCAACUCUAGUGACAUCUGCAUCUCUCCUGUCAGUGAGGAUGACAACGGAAUCACCUUUACCUGCAAGCUGCAACGGAACCAAUCUAUGAGCAUAUCGGUGAUCCUGGAUGUCAUCUAUGAUCCUAUUCUGACUGGGACAGAACUCCAAACAGUCGAGGAAGGAAGCAGCGUAAGAUUAGACUGUAAUGUGAAGUCCAACCCUCCAGCUCAAAUGACAUGGUACAGAAAUGACAGUGCCCUGAAUCUGGAAAAAAACCAUCAUCAAAUAUAUCAGACGAGUGAGCUGUUCCAACUGUCCAUCUCCAACGUCCUGAAAUCCGACAAUGGGACAUAUAGUUGCCAUGCAAAUUCGUCUCUGAAAUUGGAGAUCAUGGACUUCCACCUGAUCAUUGAAGAUAAAAAAUACACUGUUCCCAUGGAGCCCAUUAUUGCUGCAUCUGUGGUGGUCUUCCUCACCAUAAUGUUUGGACUGAUUGCAAGACGAGAAAAGAUAAUGAAGCUCUGCAUUAAAGAUCAGAAACUUCAAAGUGACACAUCUCUGUGAGGAAUCAAGCAGCCGUUCUAAUGAGAGAAGGGGGCACUACCUCUGGUCUCCCUGGGUGUGGCGUCUCUUCUUUAUCCCUUGCUUCUAUUAAAAUGUCCUCCCUGUGGAAGCUCAGUAA